CUCCGCAGUGUUCAACUAGUGGGUGCCAGAGACACACGCACGCGCGAACCCUCCAGUCUCUCCUCAAGUGUUGCCUUGCACGAGGCGAGGCUCCCUCAACGGACGCUUGGCGGCGGGGUGUGGACUGUGUUUGAAAUAAUUCUGUAAGAUCAGAUCGAUUCAGAAGAAAAUGGUAUGAUAAUACUUUGUAAAUAGUGAAGUGUUUUAAAAUGAAAAAUAUCUGUAAAGAAAGAGACAUGGAAAUUAUAUAAGUGAGAAGGGGAACCUGUACUAAAAUAAAUACAGUGCGUGCGUGAACAACAGCGGCGUGGUUUAUCUUCACACGUCACAGACAUGUCGCUCUUGUCCCUCACGGCAAAGAUGGCGGCGGCCGUGCAGUGUGGAGGAGGCUCACUCGGCUCCAGGUCACGCAGGAAGAAGUUUGAUGAUAACCAAUGGUGGGAGCUGUUCGACACCAACACGUCCAGGUUCUACUACUACAACGCCACCUCACAGAAGACGGUCUGGCAUCGCCCGCAAAACUGCGAUAUCAUUCCCCUCGCCAAGUUGCAGCAAAUCAAGCAGAAUACAGAGGUGGCAGAGGAUGAGGACAGCAGAAAGAUUGUGAGGGAAUCCAUUGGCACACAGACACCUUCCAAGCCAGGACCGCUCCCUCUGACCAUACCUGCGACAGUGACUUCCCAUCAUUCAUCUCUACAACUCCGCCAUGCCCCCCUUGCCAAGAACGGUCCACUCCCAACUGGUCGAGCAUCACCAAAAAAUGGUCCAUUACAGACCUUUAGAUCACCCACAAACAAUGGCCCUGUGCCUUCACCCAAGGUUUCCCCGAGCAACUCCAUAUCUUCAUCACGGUCAUCAAUCAACAUAGCUCCAGGUCCAGGGUCAUUACAGCGGUGCCACAGCUCCCUCUUGGGGCGCAGGAGCACCAGGAGUUCUUUACCAGGGAUUGGGAGUGGGACAAGGGGGGCCAUACAGGGUUUAGGGAGUGGUUCAAGGGGAUCUUUGCCCAGUGGCAGUGGGUCUAGAGGAAUGGUGCUCGGAGUUGGGAGUGGACCUUCGGGGGUGCAACAGCGGUGGUCGGGCGGGGCGUCAAACUCACGCUCCUCUGGCAUGGGGUCGUUGCAGAAGAAAGAAGGUGGGACAGGAGGCGGAGCUUCAGAGGCACUCUCGCUACCCCACUCACUCUCCAAGAGAGUCAUCAGCUCCACCACUCAGACUUCCCCAGUUCCCUCCCCAAGACCCUCUCGAAGAUCCUCAGCCCACAAUGCCAGCUCAGCAGGUGGGGGAGGAAGCACUGGAGGAAGUGGUGGCAGUAGUGGACACCACCAUCACCACCACCAUCACAGGCACACUGGCUCAUGUUCACACCAUCACCAUCACAUUGAUGCCAAUGGAGAAGCAGGAGGUGCAAGGAGAGUGCGGCGAAGCUCUCAGUCAUCGCAGGGAUCAUCACUCUCUUACAGUCGCCCAUAUAGACAAGAAUCUGGCAGGUCUAGUGACAGUUCUAUGUCCCAAAGCCGCACCUCCUUAGAAGGAUCUGGUUAUAGAUUACUGGAGUCUCCGCGUGGUAGCUCUGGCCUUCGGGAUUCAAGGAGAGGUGGCUCAGCUGCUGGGCGUGUAGGAGAGAGCCAAAAAGAAGGUGACCCGGUGUCUCCUCGCUCUCCAGACUCUGUGUCUUCCCAUUCCUCCCCGACGCACCCACAGCAGGCAGGCCCUGCUACACCCUCUUCCCACCGCCGAGCUCACACUGAUUCCCGAGACCCAACAGCUGCCAGGUAUAAGGGUGUUCCCCAUCACGAUUUUUCACAUCUUCAUUUUUCCAAACAACGCAGUUUUGAUGUUUCCAACUAUCCAAAACCUGAACACAGUAUGGACCGGCCAAGAGAAAUGGCUUUGUCUCGUAGUUACAGUUUCAUGUCAAGGCCACGAUACCAUGAUGAAGAUGGUAUGCAUGAAAGAUACUUGAUUGGGGCUAUGCGAUCUGUUGAGUCGACGCCACAGCCACGUCGUCGCCAAAAGGGCCUGGAUGCUGUGCCUGGUAGUCCUGAUUCUUUAGGAUCUCAUGGAUACCUUAACUACCGCCAAAGAUCUGAUAGUUCAGGCUUGGAAAGCCUUGCAACACCCAUGAUGCACAGAAAACAGAGGUCCCUUGAGUCAGGAAAAUCCCGUUUUAAAAUGGAUCUACGUUCAAGCACGAGUGCCCACACCAGACUCGCCACAUCAGAUUCUAGUCCAAGUCCCCCUAGUCCUAAGCAUGAGUUCUCACCCUUCAACUUUGACUCACCUCGUGGUCAAGACAGUGGAGCCUCCACUUUGACGGACAAGGACACCAGAUCCAAUUAUGGUCGUGGAUCUGCUGACAGCUCCCCACACUCUCAGGUGGAUUCUGGACUUGUAUCAGGAACAACUGGGAGCAGGGGCUCUGUUGAUAGCAAUUCACGAAGGACAGAUUCACGACAAGCCACCUUGGACAAGGAGACUUCCAAGUGUUCUGCAGCUGAGAGCUCAAGUAAACCUUCCUCAAAGACUGAGCGAGAUGGACGUCGCUGCAAUCACCGCCGCCAUCACCACUGUAGUAAACAUCGAGGAGCAGCAGUUUCCACCACCAACACCACCAGUGCCACUGUUGCUACCACAGACAGUGAUCGGAGUGACACUCUACAGAGUAGCAGCAGUUCUCAACAUCUAGUUAAUACUGGUAGCAACAACAGUCAGAAUCAUAAUUCCAGCUCAGGAAGUAGUAGUACUGCUAAGCAGACCAGUCCUAACAAUAGCAAACAGAUUAGCCCUAGCAAUGGCAGCACAAGCAACACCAAGCAACCAAGUCCCAGUAGUGUGAGCAGUGUGGGAAAACAAGACAAUAGUCCACAGCACCGUGACUUGACACAUCUUUAUUCCAAUUUGGAUUAUGUGUAUGAGCAACCAGUUUACCAGUAUAUUAUGGAGCAAGCCAAGCUUACAGGGUACAGAUUGGGUGAUGCGUUGUAUGAGGAUGCUGAUUCUCUUCAUAGUGAUGAAUCUGGUGACCAGCCUGAUGACAGUGAUGAGUUUGCAGAUGAUGAAGGGAUGUCUAAUGCAGAUUCAUCUUCCCAGGAAUAUCUUGAAGAUGUUAAUUACCUCGCCGAUGAUGAAAUGUAUGCUGAGUUCUUCAUGCCUUAUAAUUUGAAAAACAAAAUUAGAGUGGAAGGGGAGGAGGAUGUCCCAGAAAGCAACAAGGAAUGCCCUCCAGGUGUUGUGCCAGCUACCUCAGCCACAGGAACAUCUGGGAACUCGAGCCAGCCAGCAUCCGCACCACGACCGAUCAUCCCACCAGCUUCCCUUGUACCGCUCCCUCCAAACAGCCUACCUUUGGACACCCAGCAUGCCUCUCUGCGACGAAAGAAAGAUUCUACUGUGCAUCAGCCUUUGUAUUCACCAAUAUUGGAGAAGAGUGAGUUAAGUAACCGUGAUGGAAGUAGCAACAAUGGCCAAUUGGGUAACCGUCCGCUGUCCAUCUCCAUCCCUAACAUGAUGGACUCCUCUCUCACCACCAAUCCCAUCACAGGCUCUCUCCAUCGCCCUCCUCAGGGUCUGACUGCUCUAUCUCUGAUGAAAAAGCCCCCAUCAGAGUCUGACUUUGAGCGGUACAGUACUGGUGGUGGAGGUGAUGCUGGACACAAUUUAAUGGAGAAAUAUGCCCAGGAGAACCUCAAUAUUCACACACGUGGUCUGUUACGCAAGAAGGUGCCUGUUAUAGACAUGAUAUCAUGGACAAAGGAUCCUAUCCGCAAACCCAUGUUAGCCACUCUUGACAAGUCGGUCAAGAACCAGGCUUGUGAACUCUUCCGGCUGGUCCAGAUAUACAUGAGUGACAGAAAACCAAAACCAGGAAUGACACUGAAUUCUGUUGGACUAGAUAUUGUAAAUAUGUGUUACAAUACUGUAGGGCUUCGGGAUGAGCUGUUUGUUCAGAUCUGCAGACAGACUACAGAAAAUCAUAAAAGGGACAGUUUACGAAGAGGAUGGGAGCUGUUAGCUAUUUGCUUAGCAUUUUUCCCACCUUCUGAAAAAUUCAGUCCAUACUUGGCUGGCUACAUCACUCGACAUUGUGAUCCAGCCUAUUGUUCUAUGUUUCCUGAUGUGUCAAAGUGGCCCAUCCAUAUCCAGGUGGCUCAUUAUGCUGGAGUUUGCAACAAACGUCUGGAGAGAACUUCAGUUAAUGCCAAGAGACAGCGAUUGAGAAAACCGACACUGGAGGAAAUUGACCUUGCCCGCUUACACAUAUUCCGAGCUUCAAUGUUUGGUGGCACCAUAGAGGAGGUGAUGGCACUCCAGAAGGAUAGAUAUCCACACCGACGACUACCUUGGGUUCAAACAACUCUCUCUGAGGAGGUUCUGAGACUUCAGGGUACGAAUACUGAGGGAAUUUUCAGAGUUCCUGCAGACUUUGAUGAGGUUCAUCAGCUAAAGCAGGUUGUUGAGCAGUGGGAGGUGGGUGACUGUGUGGAUGCACAUGUUGCAGCUGCCCUGCUCAAGACUUGGUACAGAGAACUUUAUGAGCCUCUCAUACCUGAUGCCUUAUAUCAGGCAGCCAUUAAUGCUCAUGAUGAUCCUACACAGGCUGUUGCUCUUGUUAAUAAGCUACCAGAAAUUAACAGGCUUGUACUAUCAUACCUUAUAAGGUUUCUGCAGUACUUUGCCCAGCCUGAUAUUGUAACAGCCACCAAGAUGGAUGCCAGCAAUUUAGCUAUGGUUAUGGCCCCCAAUUGCCUCCGGUGCACAAGUGACGAUCCUCGAGUCAUCUAUGAAAACACUCGCAAGGAGAUGGCCUUUAUUCGAACUCUGAUCCAGCAUUUGGACACCACUUUUAUGGAAGGUGUUGUCUGAGAUUUGCAUCAGACCUAUGUACAGUUUGUGUGUGAAGAGUUGCAUUGAUAAGGAUUUUCCUUGAGCGAAUGAAGAGAAUGUUGUAAAGCCUAACAACUACUAUAUUCAUACAUGUGCAAAAAAUAAAAGAGCUAAAACAUCUAAAGGACGAUGAUGUAUAUUGUUUAAGAAGUGACAUGUGUUCAAGUCCUGAAUUCAGCUUUGGUGUUGAAGACAUUUUUUUUUAUGUUGGCCUAUCUAUUUAUUCAAAUGACAGAGCCUUUCAUGACAUGUAUGCAUUUAUUGAGGAGGAAUUCUGUAGCCACACUUCCAAGAUAACUGAGAAAGCUUUUUUGCUGUUGUACUCUGUGUUCAGAAGAUAUACAGAAGCCUAUAUUUUGUAAGGCAUAUUCCAAGCGGAGAAAUGAUCUUGGGUUUAAUGAAGAUCAGGAGUAUGUGCUUUGAUGAGCAUGUUAUAAAUGCCACAUCAUUCUGGUGCUCAUCUCUGUCUGACCUUGAGGCACAGGUCACAGGGAACUUUCAAUGCUUUUCAGAACUGAGAUCAAAUUCCUCAUAUUUGAAAACUUGUGGGUCACCAGUAAGACGAUCUGCAUGAAGUCCAUCAAGCAGCAGUUAUGUUCACAGAUAUUGCCCAAAGACUUGAUGAAUUUCAGUAUAGUUUGUGGAUUAUUUCCAAGUGAUCUAAAGAGUUUGAGUGUCUUUGGUCUCAUAAUCUGAGAUGUGACUGUGAUUGUUGUCCAGUAACUUCUGUUGUGUUCACUGGAUCCUUCAAGGGGUUUAUGCUUCCACAUAGCACAAAAAAAACUCUUCAUUUUAAUGGUAGGCUGAUUGCUGUCAUGCUGAAAAGAAGAGGCAAGUGUUUUUUUUCUCUCUCUCUCUUUCUAGUCUCAUUGCUGCUUCUACUAGCUUCACAUAUUUGGUGAUAUAGUGCCUGGAAAAAAAUACUUCUAAUACAACCUCCAGAAAAUAUGUAAGUUUUGUUUUGAAAUAACACUGGCCUUUUCAUUCAAAUACAGAACUGUCUACCAAACAUUCCAAAUUUGCUGACAGGUCCCUUGCAAAGAGCCAAGUCACCCUCAUUUUAGGUUCUUCAGGGACUUCAUAAACAUAUGAAGAUGAUAGACCAUGUUCCUGAUAGUUUUAAUAUUAGAAUGCUUCCAGUCUAGCACUGUCAGGGAAGUUAAUUGGAAUUCUGAUAUUCAGAACCUUAAAACCAAUAUGCUUUAAGGGUAGAUAGCAUUGAAAUGUCUAAACCAGUGGGAAUAUUUGGAUAGGAUAUCUGUUUUUGGGUAGGAUAUCUGUUCUGUACAUACCAAAGUUUGUCCAUGGCAGUGAAGGAGAUCUGUGAAGAAGUUGCCUUGACCAAAUGGCUAGUGUUUAAACUCUCUGGAACAUGGUCUGAAUCAAAAAGCUGUUAAGAAAUCAAGGUAAGCUGUAUCCUUUUAUGUCCUGCUGGAAAAUGGACAUGCCUAUUAUCUAGUCUUCAACUUGUACAGAUUUUUUUUCUCAAACUCUCUUGUGCCAAUUUGAACAAAUGAAAAACAGAUCAAAGCUACUUUGUUUGCAUUUGUUACAGGCACACAUGCUUUUGUUAAUAACUUGAUAUAGUUAAGAUGUUAUUUUUUAUACCAUGUUGACAACAAUUUGUUACAAUCUCGUGUAACAUUCUUUGCUACAAUUUGUGACGGAAAUUUUACUUGCAGUUUAAUUAGAGCGAGAGAUGUGUAGGUGUGUAUAAUUAUGAAUGACUUUGGUUGGUAGUUGGCAGAUGGGGUGCAUUUAUUACUGAUACUUCUUUUAUUAUUGUUAUUCCAAUUUUUAAUGAGUAGCAAUGUUAGUAUAUUGAUCACUUACUUGACAAGAAUGUGAUGAAAUCACUGCUGAUAGGCCAGCAGUAUUCCUUUUGAGACUUGUUUUUCCCUUGAGAGUCUAAGGGACUAAGUUUUGUUUCCUGUGGUGAUCGGCAAGUGGAGUAACUAGCUUGUAAGACAGGGCUAUUUAAUUACUGUUGGAGAAGGGCCAAAUUAUAAAACUCAGAUUGGUUACCUUUUUUCUUUCCUUCUUUCUUUUUCUAAAUACUUAUUAAAUGAAGUAAAAGAUAUAUAUACUUUGUCUUUUGCGUUUUCCUAUAGAUAAAUGAAAAGUAUUAAAAUCAAAUAAAGUUUUGCUUUAGAAACUUGUAAAUUUGUUUUGAUGUUUCUCUGUCAGAGUUAGAUUGAAUGAAAAUCAAUUCAAGGGCUUGAUUUGGCCCUUGGGUCACCAGUUGAAUAGCCAUGUUGUAAGAUACGUAUGACUGAACUUGUAUAUGAUGUAAGAGGAUAGGAACUGUAUCUUGAGGUAUUGAUUGCCUAACAAUUGGAUAUUCUAAAAUACUGCAAGGAAAAUCACCGAAAAAUAAAUUCCUAAUUUUAGUUUCUUGGCAGUUGAUCCUUUCACAAGUUAGUAUGACCGCUCCAAGCAAAGCAGCAUAAGCUAGUUACUACUGCAUUUUAUUGCAUUUAGAGCAUAAAUGUGGAAUGUAUUGAAUAGUUUAGUGUCUUCAUCUAUUUAAAUGGGUUCAGAUACCUUGUCAUUUUAGGCUACUUUUGCCUGUUUUACAUCCUAUAUUAUAUGUGCCUCAAAAAGUAUAUAGCACAAUUUCCUUUUUGUACAAAUUAUAUAAAGUGAAUUAUUGCAUUUAAUACCUUAUUUUGCCUCCAGCUUACGCACUGGUAGCUAUGCAGGAGAGGAUCAUCUCGGACUUGUUAUUUUUGACAAGGCUUGUAUAAUAAUUUAUUUUAAAUUUGGAAGCAUCAUGUACAGAUGUCCUGAUGUAUUAUACAUUGAUAUUGUAUAGCUGUAUUUCAAAAUGUUAAAAGCAUUUAAAAAUCAUUUGUAUCAUAUGCAUAUUAAAAACUGUAUGCUCUA